UUCAUCUAAAUUUUAUUCUAAGGAAUAGUGAUUUAUUCUGUUUUCAUUUAUGUUAUAAGAAAAAAAAUUGAAUAAAUGUUUAACUAAGAAUAUAAGUUGCAGAAUAAUCAUACUCCAAUUGAACUUCCUUCUCGAGAUUUUCCCUUUUUUGUAUAUCAGAUGUUUGUUAUGGCAGUACUAUGAUAUUCGUCUGUCUUGUCUUUACCUAUUCAAGAACUGUAUAUUUUAAAGCUCUAUCAACUCGGUUAGUUUGGCAUGAUAAGGGCUACAGGAGAACAUAUGGACCUAUAUGUAUAUUUAGCUAUUAGAUUAUCAAGCAUGUACCAUACUAGAACUUACAGUGGUACAGUUAACUUUCUUUUUCAACUGUUCAUCUCAUUUCAAUUCGAGUAAACAUAGUCAGCAAGUCUAUCUUGUAUCAGCUUGGUGAUGAUAGACAUAAAUGAUUAAGUUGAUUUCAUAAAGCACAUACUCAUUAUAAUUACAAAAAUGAACAUUUCUUUCAAAAUUGGAUAAGGAAGAGGUAUAAUUUUAACUGCUUGUCAAAAUUAUAUCCUGGUUCUCACUCUGUUUGAGCCUAAUUCGAGUCUCAAUAUACUUAUCACUUCUCAGCCAGAACAAAGACCUUCUUAUCUGGUAUGUUUCAAUUGAAGUUUGUCUCAUGACGAAAGUCAGGUUACUUGGUUUAACACAAUGCUAACUACAAAUUUUUAAUAGUAGAAUCCUGCUAGCAUCUGUGAUUGUUCUCAAGAGCAAAAGUUGAUGCCAUUUGCAAGUUAGUAAAUGUUCUCACACUUUUUUUUAGGACAUGUUUUUCUAGAUCUAUUUUAUUCUAAUGAGAUUAGUUUUGAGAUCAUGAUAGAGAACUUCUCUAGUUAAAAAGUUUCAAAAUGCAAGGCCAGAAGAAGCUUUAUGGAAAAGUGGUUGGAAUUGCGACUUCCUCUCCCUACUGUCAAAUUUCCUAAUAACAUCUAUAUUCUUUAAAAAAUUGACCAUUAUAAAUGUUCUACCAUGUCAUGGUUGUCUAAUAAGUGGAUAGAGUGACAAUCCUUCGAACUACCUUUCCUAACUGGUUGCUGCCUCAAAAUUUCACUACUACAUUUUCAAAGUAGACAAUGUUCUGCCUCAUAGUAGUUUUUAUUAACUUUGAGGGGUUAUCAUCUUACUUCCUAACUUUUUAUGUUUUAAAAGUUAAGUUAUUCCUGCUGUUUCACUGCAGCCAGCGAGUUAUAGGUGCAAUAAAUGGGUUUCUGGUGCUUGGCAUCAUUGUGUCUUUUACAUCUCUUGUGAACACAUGGGACUUAAAUGCUUAGACAAUGAUUUAAAAUAUGCCAGCAAGCUUAUCAUUCAAAAGUCAGGACUAAUAUGGCUCAGUAUUAAUUGGGCUAUGAUUUAUGUUGGGAGUCGCAUCUGGAGGUUUGCAGUGGCAAUCUCUUUGUCAGGCCCAUUUUGAGGCAAUCCCACAAAGUAUACCUAUAAUUGCUCUUUCUUUUGUUUAUCAGAAUGUAGUUCCAGUUCUUUGUACAAACCUUGAAGGUGACCUGUCAAAAGUAAGGACUGCAGUUGUUCUUGGCACAGCUAUUCCCCUUGUUCUGUUUCUUAUUUGGGAUGCUGUAAUUCUUGGGACCAUUCCAAAUCUAGAUACAACUGGUGCCCUCACCGACCCACUGCAGCAGCUACAUUAUGAAAAUGGAAUAGUUGGAAUAAGGUCCCCUUAUUAUUCUACAAUCACUUUGUCUGAGUAUUACAAAAAUAAGUAUGAGACUGAAAACAAUUUAACUUAAAAUGGUGU